AUGGAUUUCUUCAAGAUUAAGAAGUUCGGGAAGGGGAAGAAGAGUGCCUGGGGUGGGGGAGAGGGAGUGGAAUCCGACGACGACGCCAGCACCGGGGAUGUGACCCCUCGGGGCUUGGAGGAGCAGAAGCCGGACAAUCGGGAGGGGAACAAUGCUGAGGCGGCGGCGACGGAGGAGGAGGAGGAGGAGGAUGACGACGAUUUCAUCACGAAUGAGGUGAAGCGGAGGCUCAAGGAGCUCAGGAAGAACAGCUUCAUGGUGCUCAUCCCCGAGGAGGAGUGCGGUGAGCUCGAGGAGGAUGGUGGGGAGGAGGAAGGGGGCAGCCCCAGGGAGUGGCUGGAGUCGGGUGUCGGCGAUGGCUUCCCGCUGUGUGGGUUCGAUUCGCUGUAUGAUAAGUACUGCGAGAGGAUGCUGGUGUUUCAUAAGAUGAUCGCGCAGCUCAUGAAGGAUCCAGAGUCACUGAACAUGUCCAAAAAGUCUCCAAGAUCAGCAUCAAAAUUGGCGUCUACCCUCCGCAGCCUCUCAUUCAAAAGAAAAGAUGAGCUCCCAGAGGAUUGUGAACAACUUCAACAACAGCAAAGCGAAGAUGAUCCUUAUCAGACACUUGAGACUGCAUAUGUUGCUCAUGUUUCAUUAAGCUGGGAGGCUCUGCAUUGCACCUAUGUGCACCUGAGCCUUAUCGUUGCAGCACAACCUGAUAAUCCUACAACCUACAGCUCUGCUGCUCAAGCCUUCCAGCAAUUCCAGGUCCUGUUGCAGAGAUUCAUUGAAAAUGAACCAUUUGAGCAUGGUACCCGGGUUGAGAUAUAUGCACGGUCUCGGAGCUUGUUGUCAAAGUUGCUUCAGGUCCCCACUUUUCAAGUCGCAGAUAGGAAAGAUAACACUGAAGAUCAAAUGGAACCAGCGAUUUCCGCACCUGAUCUCAUCAAAUUGUUAGAGGAAUCUAUCCUAACUUUCCGCCUUUUCCUGAAGAAGGACAAGAGAAAGAGUAGUGUGCUUAUGAGUGCUCAUGGCCACACUGGAAGCUCGAUUCAACAAGUGCAAUCUUCACUCGAUAAGAAAGAGGCGAAGGUGAAGGAGCUGUUGAAGAAGAAGAAAGGGUGGAAGAGCAAGACCUGGCCAGGCACAAUGGAGGAGGUCCAGCUGCUGUUCGCCCUGAUCGACAUCAAGGUCGUGUCGCGGGUGCUCCAGAUGGGGAAGCUGAGUGAGGAGCAGCUGCUGUGGUGCGAGGAGAAGAUGAGCAAGGUGGACCUCACCGAGAACUGGCUGCGCCGCGACGGGUCCCCAAUCCUCUUCCCCUGUUGA